AUGGUAUCAAUUUGCUCAUUACCGCCUGAAAUUCAAUUAGCCAUUCUAAAUUAUUGCGAUUUCUUCUCACUGCUUCAGUUGCGACAAGUAUCGAAAUACUACAAAUGGCUUGCCGAGCAUAAUUUAUGCCAUCGAAAUCAUCUUGAUGUUGUCUGUGAUUAUUUGGCCAUAUUUAGAAAUUGUAAGCGGAAAGGUUUUGCUCUUUUAAAUGAGCAAAAUGAUUAUGAGGCAGUUUUUGAUAAAAUUUUCGCAUUUAUUAAUCUCUAUAUGCCAGCUUUGCGUGAACUUUCAUUGCGUCACUGUUCAAUUGUCCUCACGUUGGCUGGCUUAAUUCAACUAGCAUCAGCAGUGCCAAGGUUAUAUCGAUUAGAUUUAAGUCAAACUUGCAAUAAGCCAUUUUUUGAAACAGAUGCCGUCUUGGCUUUGCAAUAUUUUAGACAGCUGAAGGUAUUAAUAAUGGAUGGAUAUGUAAUUCAGAAAACUUCUGGCAAAGGAUGUUCACAUCGAUUAGAAGUGCCACCUCUGCGGUAUAUGCAACAUUUAGAGAAACUCGUGCUCAAUUGUCCCUAUGAUACUUUAGCUAGAAUAUUAUAUUCGUUGUGUGAAAGCCGUUGCAAUCUGUACAAAUUGAAACAUAUAAGUCUUGGUGUACAGUAUAGCACCGCAAAAUAUCCCGAAUUAUUAAUAUGGUUCUUACUGACACAUCGUUCAUUGUGUUUUGUACAUAUUUGGAAUGCUCUAUUUGCUACUAAUGAUCAGUUGAAGCGAUUUUACACUGCAUUAAUUUCAUUACCGAAACUCACUGAGUUAUAUUUGGAAAGCUGUGAAUUAUGCGAUCGGAUUGAUUCAUCGAUAGAAGUUCACUUUCUCAAAAGUAUUACUUUACGGGGCAUUCAUUGGAAUGGUUUAGUACGUAGCAUGCGUUAUGAUCCUGACGGUAGUCGCUGA